CCCUCAGCUGCACUACUAAUCACGUCACAAGAUCCCCUUUUCCUCUCUCCCACCACCACCGAACGACGUCGUCCCCCGCGCGCGCUACUUCACGCGGGACUUGGGCUCGCGAGGCCGCCGGAAUCCCGCGGGCGAGGCUCUCCUCUCCCCGCCGCGUCCCCAGACUGGUUGAUCUGUAUGAUGACAUUCGUAAAAUGAUACUGUAUUUUAACAUAUAUUUGAGAUGGAUGAUCUGCCAGAUGGUGAAGGGCAAUCUGAUAUACACUCUACUGACGCAAAUUGGCUGUCCUCACAUGAAGAGCAUAAGUUCCAAUCCAUUUCCUUGGCUAAGCAGGACCACAAUUCGGAUUUGGCAGAUUCUUCUCUUAACUGUAUGAAAGGUGACCAUUCAUUUUGCGCUUCUCAGGAAUUAUGGUCUACUGGAUCUCUAUCGAGUCCAAUACCCAAUGGAUUUUACUCAAUUAUACCGGAUAAGAAACUGAAGGAGUGUUUUGACGCCAUUCCUUCUCCUGAUGAUCUAUAUUCCCUUGGAAUAGAGGGCUUCAAGGCUGAGAUAAUUCUUGUGGACUUAGAGAAGGAUAAAAAGCUAUCUGCGAUAAGGCAGCUAUGUGUAGCUCUGGUAAAAGGAUUGAGUUCUAACCCAGCCGCAAUGAUAAAAAAGCUUGCAGGUUUGGUUUGUGACUUCUAUAAGCGACCAAAUCCACAGCUCAGCCCUGCAAGAACUUCUUCUGAAGAAAAUUUUCAUUUCAUGGAAAACAAGGGAAUUCAAUUGUUGGGGCAGAUAAGACAUGGAUCUUGUCGGCCCAGAGCAAUUUUAUUUAAAGUCCUUGCUGACUCUGUUGGUAUAGAUUCUAAGCUGUUGGUGGGCAUUUCAGAUGAAGAAUCUCAUGAACACGAUGACUCACCCAAACAUAUGUCUGUUGUUGUUAUGCUGAAGUCCAUGGAGUUUCUCGUUGAUCUAAUGCGUUUUCCAGGACAACUAAUUCCAUUCUCAUCCAAUGCUAUAAUCACAUCCCAUAUAUCUGCUGCUGGAGAGAGUGACUCUGCUGACUAUGAUUCUUGUGAUUCUCCUCUUGAACCGAAUAGUCCUUUGUGCUCUCAACGGCAAGAGCAAGAUGAAAACAAUAGGUCAUUUAAAGUUCCGUCCCUAAGAGACAUCAUGCACCGAACUUCAAACUCUAUGGAGGGCAAAUUGAGAUGUGUUCACGUUUCAGAAUUACCUUUUUAUUUUUCCAUUUCAUGGUUUACAAGUUCAUCACAUAGUGAACCAAAUGUUGCCAAUGCCUUAUGUGGACGCCGUGGGAGGAAAGCUAAUGAACAUCAAAGAACUGCCAGUUCAAGUCCAGACCAUCCAUUGUCCAGAGCACAUGGGCGCUCAAACUUGGGUGACAGACAGUACGGAGAUGGUGUAGCUGUAUCAAGGUACCUCAAUGGUGCAUCAACGUCAAGUGCGCGGAGAGGACGUCCAAAAAGUAUGAGUACAUCCCCUGAAAUUGGUGAUGACUUUGCGAGGGCAGUUAAAGAAAUGAGUGAAAGCAUGAGGAAAAAUCGCCAUUCAAGGGCACAUAAUGAUGGUAGUCCAGGACAUUCAAAUGAUUCACAGAGAAAAGAGGAAUCAGUAGGUGACCUCAACGAUGAUGAGGUGUCAGUAAGAGAACCAAAUGUUCAGGAGGGUUCAAGAAGGCACAUUAUUACUCAGAAGGCAUUGUCAUUACCUUCAUCACCGCAUCGGUUAGGUAACCAUGGUUCUAAUCUUAGAGAGCCAGCUGACUUCCUUACAGCAGAAGAUCUGAUGUCCACUUGGAAUAAAGCAUUGCAAUCUUCACCAUUUCUGAACAAGCCAUUAUUGCCUUUUGAAGAAUGGCAUAUUGGGUUCUCAGAGAUUGCUGUUGGCACUCGUGUUGGAAUAGGUUUUUUUGGGGAAGUUUUCCGUGGCAUCUGGAAUGGAACAGAUGUAGCUAUAAAAGUAUUUCUGGAGCAAGAUUUAACAAUGGAGAAUAUGGAAGAUUUCUGCAAUGAGAUCUCCAUACUUAGCCGUCUCCGACAUCCCAAUGUCAUAUUGUUCCUUGGUGCAUGUAUGAAGCCUCCUCACUUAUCCCUAGUCACUGAAUAUAUGGAAAUGGGUUCCUUGUACUAUUUGAUUCACACAAGUGGCCAGAAAAGUAAGAUCAGUUGGCGAAGGAGGCUAAAAAUGCUCCGUGAUAUCUGUAGGGGUCUUAUGUGUAUGCACCGUUUGAAGAUAGUUCAUCGUGAUCUAAAGAGUGCGAAUUGCCUUGUUAACAAGCACUGGACAGUCAAGUUAUGUGAUUUUGGGCUCUCUCGGUUAUUGUCGAAUUCUGCAAUGAGUGACAACUCAUCUGCAGGCACUCCAGAGUGGAUGGCUCCUGAGCUUAUUCGUAACGAACCAUUUACAGAAAAGUGUGAUAUCUUUAGCCUCGGAGUUAUCAUGUGGGAGCUUUGCACUCUGAGUAGGCCCUGGGCAGGAAAGCCGCCAGUUCAGGUUGUUUACUCUGUUGCGAACGAAGGGGCAAGAUUGGAAAUACCAGAUGGACCUCUGGGUAGCUUGAUAGCAGUAACCCGUGGCAGAAACUUUUCAAAUCACUGGGCAUCAAGCUUCACAUGAGUACUUCAUACCACCCCCAGUCUGAUGGGCAGACAGAAAGGGUUAACCAAUACUUGGAAAAUUACCUCGGUGCAUGGCUUUCCAACAGCCUACUAAGUGGCACUCCUGGCUGGCACUAGCUGAAUGGCGGUACAACACCACUUUCCACACCUCUCUGAAAAUGACUCCUUUUCAGGCUCUAUAUGGUUUCCCACCCCCCAUGGUUGCUGAAUCCAGUCUGCCUGAUUUUCUGUGUGAGGACUCACCUGACUUGCUGCUCAACAAGGACCUAGCUCACCAAGUGAUCAAGCAAAAUUUGCAGAAAGCACAAGAAAGAAUGAAACACUUUGUUUACAAAAAGAGAAAAGAAAGGAUCUUCCAGGUAGGUGAUAUGGUGUAUCUCAAGAUCCAACCAUACAGACAUACCUCUCUCAGUAUCCAUAGACAUUUGAAACUACACUCCCAAGUACUAUGGACCUUUCAGAAUUCUCAAAAGAAUGGGUAAUCAUGCUUAUCAGUUCUGCCUGAAGGGUGCAAGCUUCAUAACACAUUCCAUGCGAGUCAGCUCAAGCAACACAUUGGUAAACAUGUCAUUCCCACCCCCACCCGCCAUUGGGAACAAGGGCAGAUACAACUCCAACCUGAAGCUAUCCUAGACAGAAAAUUAAUUCCUCGACCUGAAGGUGAUAUCUCUAUUCCUGUGGUCAGAU